AACCAAGAAAGUUUUCAACGGUUGGGUAUUCGACCACCAAAAGGGGUUUUACUAUAUGGACCGCCAGGAACUGGUAAAACGUUGAUUGCACGUGCAGUUGCCAAAGAAUCCGGAGCCGAGUUUAUGGUGCUUUCACUGUCUGAUCUUGUACAUGGACAUAUAGGAGAUUCUGAAAAGGCACUUGCCGAAGCAUUCAAGAAUGCUCGCAAACGUGCACCUUGUAUUAUGUUUCUUGACGAAAUAGAUUCAAUUUUUCAGCAAAAAGAAAGCGGAGGGGAUUUGAAUGUCAAGGUAAUGGAAAUACUUGUAGCACAAAUAUCGGUUGAACUAGACUCCAUGGCGUGGGAUACAGCAUCUGUAGUGUUUUUAGCAGCAACAAACCAUCCCGAGAUUUUAGAUGCCACGCUGAUGCGAUCUGGCAGAUUUGAUCGCCUGAUAUAUAUAGGCCUGCCAUUGCUUUCAGACCGCUUGAGUAUUUUACAGAAAGUUACCAAUGGUAUGCUAUUAGACCCCACAUUGGAUCUUGAAUAUGUUGCAAGAGAGUGUCAAGGAAGAACAGGUGCUGAUCUCAAGGAGUUGGUACAACGUGCAUGGCAAUUUGCGACACAA